AUGUCUUCUCCCACGACUGGAACGUUAGGAGGUCCUUCUUCUUCAUCGAGGUCCUCGAUCACUCCACUCAAACUCACUCCCUUUCUGAAAAUGUUCCUUACACUCAUGUAUUGGGAACCCUUUGUCUAUGAAAUGUUCUUUGGGAGUGUGUUAAUGUUAUUCCCUAAUGUUCGGUUCGUAUUGGGGAGUUUCAUGCCUCAACAUUUAGUGGAAGUCAUACUCACUGGAAACCUGCCCUUGCACACAACGACAACAACCACAACAACAACCACCACAACGACAACAACCCUUUCAUCCCUUGCUUCCAACAAUGAUUUGAGAAACUUGAUCUUUUUCCUGAUUCGUUUCUCUGGUAUGGUCUUAUUCGCCUUUGGAGUGCUUCAUCAUUUACUUCUUAGGCAUUGCUAUAAGGACUUGGCACAUUCCAAUGGUUCGUAUCUCAUCGAGAGAGUUCCUCUCUUCCAUUGGACCAUGUUGUCUCUCUGUGUUGGUGAUUUACUUCAUAUGGGCUUUGUUUGGAAAUACCUUCUCGUGGAUACUCUACCAAAUAAUUUGCUGUUGGUUGGAGCCGAUGUGUUGGGAACGAAAGAGUUCUUAUGGCCCAUUCUUCCAGUGUUAUUCCCGACCGUUCUCACACUAAUGGUGUUUGUGAUAAGAGUCAUGUUCUUGGGCCUCUAUUCCAGCAAGAGCAGCAUGUAUGGAAGAGUGUUCGGGUUCGGACCAUGGAGGAACAUUUCCUCACAACAAGAACAACAGCAACAACAACAACACGUGAGAAGAAUUCCAGUGGAAUAA